CGGUUGUGCACCUAAGUCAACUCUUCAUUCCGCGAGUAGUUUACUAAACCAGAACAAUAUUAUGGCUUAAAUUAAAUCUGCAGAAAAAGAUCGCUUCCGCCAAGUGACCACGCUGUCGCUGUGAUCGCACGCAAAUUCGAACACGGACUUGCACCAGGCUCCCCGCAAUGCGUUAAGGAGAAUGUUGUUCGGCGGUUAAAAUGAAUGAAUGGUAUCAUGUCUAACUAGAAGGUGACGGACUGAGUCUCAAGAGUAGAGGCGAUCACAUACAACGUGCUAAGAGGGAAAGGAGAGGUCCGUAACUAUUUACCAAGCUACGAAGUUGUAUAUAUAGGUCGUGAUGUCCGAUUUGGGGAGCGGAGAUGAAGGCAUCUCAGGAUCAAAAUAUAAUGUCACAAACAUUGAGGGUUCCUCAAGUAGGAACGAGUUCGAAUCCUCUGUAAAAGGUGGAAGCGGCGUGGAGCAGGAAUUGGCUACCAAAAUGCUUCAAAUACAAUCUAAAAGAUUUUAUUUGGAUGUUAAACAAAACCGGAGAGGUCGUUUUAUAAAAGUGGCAGAGAUUGGCGCUGAUGGCAGACGAAGCCAAAUUUAUUUGGCUCUUUCAACUGCAGCCGAGUUUCGUGAUCAUUUGUCGUCUUUUAGCGAUUACUAUGCUUCUCUAGCUGUUCAAAAUACAGGCCCCCCAAAUACUGACAAUUUACCAGAGGAUGGUAAAUUGAAAUCCGAGAUGAUGAUAAAAGAUUAUAGGAGAUAUUACUUGGACUUGAAGGAAAAUGCGCGGGGACGAUUUUUAAGGGUGUCACAAACCAUUACAAGAGGUGGACCUAGAUCUCAAAUCGCUCUACCAGCUCAGGGCAUGAUCGAGUUUCGUGAUGCCCUUACAGAUUUGCUAGAAGAGUUUGGAGCUAACGAUGGAGGCAGGUUUAAAGGAGAUUUGCCUGAAGAGCGGCAUAUGAAGGUGGAUAACAAAAACUUUUAUUUUGAUAUCGGACAAAAUAACCGUGGAGUCUACAUGCGAAUAAGCGAAGUUAAAAAUAACUUUCGAACUUCGAUAACUAUCCCGGAGAAAUGUUGGAUUCGUUUUCGAGAUAUUUUUAAUGAUUAUUGCGAGAAAAUGAAAAAAUCGUCCGACUCAAUUACUGCCGAAAUUAAUCUACCGACAUCCUCAAAUAGUCUUAAAUAAAAAAACAUCCCGUGAUUUAUGCAAUCGUAAAAGAAGGCAUCAAAAAUACAUAAAUAUAUGUCGGUUGACCAACACAAAAUGUAUAGCUUGAAAUGUCUGACAUAACUAAGCUCAGAAAUAUGCGAAUGAUUAGGCUUGAAUGACACACAAAAAUAUAUUUAUUUAGUAGCAUUUAGAGAAAUAUGUGUUAGUAUUAUUUAAUUUUUUAUUAUAAAAUAAUAAAUUAGUUAGAGUUAAAGUAGAGAAAAUUAAAUCUUCAAAUCACGCAGAGAGAAUCCAAUAAUUUAUUUGAGCUCUUCUAAAAAUAGAUCGUGCGUGCCAUGUCUAUAUAAUGCUAUAACAUGUACAGAAAAACAGUUUUCUGACCGGUUUCCCGAUGACCUUUAUACAAUUAUAGGAAAUACCCAUACCCAAUUCGCAAAUUCUAACGAGUUUUUUUAUUCAUCGAUUUAACGGUUUUUGUUUAAGAGUGCAAAUUGAAGACAUAUACUAUACAGGCGUGAUCCGGAUUUCAGUUCACUUUAGUGUUAGUAAAACGUUCCUUUUUUGUUGCAUAGUAGGCACGUAACUAGUGCUCUAUUAACGCACAUAAGUUGACCUUUUCAAACCAAACGGCAAUUGCCGUUGCCCUAACCAAUUAAACAGAAACCGCAGAAAUCAACGUAAGUUUCUUAUGUGCAUCAAUACAAAUUUUACACGAAUUAAAUCAAUUUUUCUCAGCUAAAAUCAACUAUAAAUCAAUGUUUCCCAACUAAAAACAUUGAUUUAUACGAAAUGUGUACAAAACGAAUGAAAACAAGAAAGGAAGCUAACUUCGGCAAUCCGAAGAUUCUAUACCCUUGCAGGUCGUUCCCAUGAGAGCAUUGUGUGUACAGAGCUUUCCGAUUUUUAUAAGACAAAACUAAUUACAGAUAUUUUAAGAUUGCUUUGUAUUGUUUUGACAAUAAUUAUCCGAUCGAUUCUAUGACAGCUAUAUUAUAAAGUCGUCAGAUUUUUUAAAAUUUUUUUCGAGGUUCUGAAAUUUUUAAAUAAAUAUAUUCUCAAGAAGUAGUUAAUAUGUCAAAAAAAAACAAAGUUAAAAUUUUUUACAUUUUUUAAUUUUUUAAAAAAAUAUAUUUUUGAUCAUUCCUAUGGGAGCUGUAGGAUUUAGUUGUCUGUUCUGGCUCUUUCCGACUUAAAAACUACCUGCAAUAGAAACAAGACUUUUGGGACGGUUUCAUCCCGACAGCUUUAAAACUGAGAGACUAGUUUGCGUAGAAACGGACAGGCGGACAUGGCUAGGUCGACUCGUCUAGUGAGAAGAUCAAGAUCAAGAAUAUUUAUACUUUAUGGGGUCGGGAACGUCUCCUUCACUGCAAGGGUAUAAAAAAAACACUGUCCACUAAAUAAUUUUUUUUGGUGAUGAGACUUUUACCAAAAGAUCUAAAACAAAGGUUUAAUCCACAUUUUGUAUUUAUUAGUCGGUCUUAAGUUGUCAUCAUAGAAGUUCUAUUUAUUGAACAUCAAUACCACUAUUACAUUGAGUUAAAAUUAGGAUUACCGAUCAAACAGCCUUUAAGUUUGGGUUGUUUUAAAUUAUGUUACUCUAUAAAAACAGGAAAAAAGUUAAUGACUAACUAAAACCAAAAAUAAAAAGCUAGAGUGGGUGUUAUUUGACAUUAAAGUGUCCCACAGACCUUUUAAUGAAAACCAAGUUUUGUCGCAUUGUUUUUUCCAAAAUGUCUAGUUUGUAUACACUUUGGGGUACCUUUUACACAAAGAACCAACAAGGAAAAAUCCGGAGAUCGCCGAUUAUAGAGAUAAAUUAUAAUCAAUGUUAAAUUUACGUACGAGAAAUGCAAUCCUUGUCACGAAAAAAUUAUUUUAAUUCCGAUAUAUAAAAAAAAAGGUUACAAACCAAAAAAUCAUUCUACCUAUAACGGUUUUAUCAAUAUUCUCAUGAUAAAUCUAUCAUUGCCAUCAAUCUUAAAUUCUCUAUAGUCGGUCAAGACUUUUUAAGUUUGAAAAUCCGUACCUCUGUUUAUCUGUCGAUCAUUUUCAUGAAGACAUUUGGGUUUUGUGUCUUUUUCAUUUGUAUAGCCCUUAGCUCAAACAUGUAUACCCGUUACUCAUAAAAAGAAGGACGUUUCCGACCCUAAAAAGUGUACAUAUUCCUGAUCAGGAUCACUAGCCAAGUUGAUCCAGCAAUAUCCGUCUGUCCGUUGAACACUGUGAUCUCGGGCAUAAAAGGAGCUAGAGAGUUGGGAUAAAGCAUACAGAUUGCUCUUGCGCAGUGUACUUUGGAUGCGUUUCUGUCUGUCUAUAUAAAUACUUGUUCUUCGCUGACUAUAAGGCGCAGAUCGCAAUAGUUUUGAAAUUCAGUCACCGCCAAAUUGAUUCAAGGCUUAUGUAAAGAAAAGUUACUGCCUGCAAAAUAUUGUGGACAUAAUUAGAUCCUAAAUUCUGAACAUUGUAGAGAUUGGUGGUGUAUUUGAUGGUGAUGAAGUAUAUAUAAUAAAUUUGAAACCUUACAUUAAAGAGGAUAUUGAGUUCCGGGUACAUCAUAGUCCCUCGGCCCUUCGUUAUUGCGUCGUUUGUUUUCCUAUUAAUUAGUAUUAAAUCUGUUGAGUGCCACUUAGAGUAAUACUUCUAAUGUAUUGUACAACUGUAUGGAUUCUGCUAAAUAUUAAAUCAAGUUUAUUGUAAUUUGGGAACGUUCUAGGCAAGUUUUCGAAAUUGUUAAAGCUUCUAGUAAUAAUAUGUUAAAUAUUAUAAUACAAGUUAAAAUAACUCCUAAACGCGUUUUUAAAACAAAAAUUUCAAUGUGAUCACGUAGAAUAUAAAACUUACUAAGUACGAUGAACAUGCAUAGCAAAAUUAAAACAUAAAUCGAAGCGAAGGUUAAAUUUCCCAAAGGAAUAUCGUGUACAGAUUGUGUGUGCUAAGUAAAAAAUUAGUGCUAUUAAUUAUUUAGUAUUUAAAGUUGUCAGAUUUCGAUUUCAAUGAAAAUUCAUUGGAUUGUUAUGAAAAAUUUUUAAGUUUGCUUUUGUUAUAAUAUUCACAUUUAUAAAAACGAGAGCCAGUUUACUAGAUGAAUUAAAAACCAUAAAUAAUUAAAAUUAAUUUACUUUAUUGUAAUACUAUUGAUACUAAAGAAGCCGACAAAGUCCUAUAAAUUCCCCUAGUAGAGUCGAUGUUAAUCUGACUAUAAACAAAAAAUCUUUAUGAAUAUCGGGCAAUUGUAAGCGGCAAUAUGUUACAGAGGACCCAACCAAUUAGUAAAAUAUAAAAAUUGGGUUUGUCUUAAAUGUUGUUGGGCAAGAAAGCAUACUGUGUAUUUUAAGAGUUUUGUGAAUAUAAUAUGGAAAUAAAGUUGAAUUAAAAGAAA